CAUGGGUCUGGCUCUCCUCUCCCUGCAUGGCCAAGCUGUGAGGGGGUGCAGGGGCCAGCAGGCCUGAUGCCAUGCUGAUGGGCUCCCUGCCACCACCCUCUUUCUGCGGACAGCGGAUGCUCCCCAUGGCGCUGGGAUGGGCUGGGGGGUACGGGGUGCCUGCGGAUGGGUGCGCGGCCUAGCUCUGCGUGUGUGUGCAUGUGCGUGUGUGCAUGUGUGUGUGUGCAUGUGCACACCUGGAGUGUACAUGCAUGUGCACGUGUGUGCAUACCCGCAGCAGCCUGAGCCCCCACCCUGCUGCGGCGGUACCCGUGGGGUGCCCACCCUGGCACCCCCUCCUCCAUCCCACCACGUCUCCAAUAAAGUUCAUUGUGCGAGCGCUGAGCCGGGCGCCUCUUCUUGCAGUUGGGGGGCACAUCCUCCCCGGGGGCAGGCUGGCCGUGGUGGCAGCCACACAUCCCCUCCUUGGCCCCACAGGGCGAUGGCGAGGCCUCAGCUCUUAUCUCGCAUUCCUGGGGCCGGGGUGCCUAAUUAUGGGCAUGAGCCGAUGUCGGUGGUGGCGGGCAGGCGGCCCCCUCACCGCGGCCGGGGCCUUGGUGGGCACAGGCAGCAGGCGCCAUGGCCUCGCUCGGCUCAGCCUCCACGUAUCGCACUGAGCUCAUCGGCACCUACGGCCAGGGCCAUGGCGAACCCCACUUCGAGGGCGACCGGCGGCACGGGCCCUUCGGAGCACUGGCACACGAGGCCUUUGGGUUCCCAGGUACCAGGGGUGGGGGGUGGGAGGGAGUCCCUGGCAUCCCUGGGAGGGCUACCCCAGGGUUAUCCACUGCCAUGCGCUGGGCACACAUGGGACCCCCUCCCCAGCACAGACCAGAGAUACUGCCCCUCAGGUGCCCCAUGGCUCUCUGGACUGUCCUCCAGCACUCCCGACCCCCCAAGCCCAUGGUACCCUCAGCGUCCUUGUUGUCCCCUGACCCACUGUGCUUCCAGCUUCCCCUACCCAGACCCCUUGGUGCCCCCUGUUAGCUCCCCACUUUCCUGUACACCGCCAGAGCAACCCCAGCGCCUCCCCCAACACACUCUCCCUAGAUUGUCCUGUUUGUCCCCUGUGUCUCCAGCCUCCUGCAGCUCUCCCCUGCUGCCCCAAGGUCCUUCAAUGCCCCCAGACCCUUCGGGUUCCCCCAGAAUCCCCAGGCCUCCUGCUAAUGCUGGACUACCCUCUACCCCCAUAGGCAUGGGGGGCCCCAUUUCCCCUGCCGCACCCCAGCAUCUCCAAUGUCCCCGAACCCCCAGUGCCACUUGCCACCCCCAGCCUCCCCCCACCACCAUCACCAGCUUCCCACAGCCCCCAGUGCCCCCAGCCCUUAGGCCCCAUGCCCCCAUGCCUGGCAGCCCCCUGAUGCCUGCAGGGUCCCCGGGCACCGUGUGCCCCUGCAGCCUGGGCACCUGGGUGCGUGCCCAGGGUGACACCUACCAGGUGGUGGCUGACGUCAGCCAGUUCGAGCCCCCCGACAUCGUGGUGACCACCUCCAACUGCCAUGUCUCCAUCCAGGCCGAGAAGGUGGCCGAGGAUGGCACCGUCUGCGACACCUUCACCCACAAGUGCCAGCUGCCGGAGGACAUGGACCCGCUGUCGGUGAGCUGUGCCCUCACUGAGGCUGGCACACUGGUGAUCACUGCGCGGCGCCAUGCUGGAGCCCGCCCUGGCGAGCCCCCGCAGAUGCUGUACCGCAGCGAGGCCACGCUGUGAGCAGUGCCAGGUGAGGAUCAGCUUCUUGCUCUGUGAUGCCAACCUCGGCACCAUGGUGUAGCUUUGGUUGUGCCCAUUGGCCAUGCACCCUCACCGCCUCCAGCCCCUCAGUGCUCUGGCUCUGUUUAUAAAGUUCUUUUAUUAAAUUAAUAUAAAAA